GGAAGGAGUAAAAAAAAAAAAAAAAAAGACAUUCGGUAUCGUCGCACUCUGUACCUCGAGACCAUCGUUUUUCUGGGGAGCUCGCCGCUUUAGGGGCGAGGUACAGACGCCGAAAAUUGACGACGGCGAGGCCGGAGCUAGCACUAGCGUAAAGCGUUGAAAUUAGCCGUAUAAAGACCGGGGCGGCGGGCAGGUUUUCCGUUGGAGGAUCUUCAGGCUCUGGUUGUAGUGAGGGAGCCGCCAUGGCAGUCGGAUCAUUGAGGCUCCACAUCGGGAUAUGAAGAGGAGCUGCAUGUGUCCCUGAAUCGGCAACGAACACGGAUCGUUUCGCCUCUGGAUCCACGAGCUGGCAUAGCCGUUUAUUGUUCGCGUUUUGUGGAAAUCGACCAGGAAAGGGGACUUAAAGCGACCAAGAGAGUGGGGGCCCCGCAGGGAGAGGCCGGAUUCAGGACUAUUUCAGUCGGAGAGACGUGUCUCGUGAGGCCCGUUGAAAGAAAGUCCGGACUAUAAAGGAGUGAAACGAUGCUCUGAUCGCACGUCGUCGGGGUUUUUCUUUUUUAUUUUGCGACCACAGCCCAGCGUGCUAGCGGGCUCUCUUUUGUGCCCUUCCUCCGAGACACACAGAUAUCAUUUUUUUACUGUCACCCCUUUUUUUCUUUUUAUACACAUAUAUACAUAUUUGGAUGAGAGGAUUCGGCGAAUCGAUCAGCCCUGCCGUUUAAGCACACCGAGAGAAUCAAAAGGGAUUUGGAUCAUGUCGGGUCGGCCCAGGACCACAUCCUUCGCCGAGAGCUGCAAGCCCGUGCCGCAGCCCUCUGCUUUCGGCAGCAUGAAAGUCAGCCGAGACAAAGAUGGCAGCAAGGUAACGACAGUCGUGGCCACGCCCGGCCAGGGACCCGACAGGCCACAGGAGGUCAGCUACACGGACACGAAGGUCAUCGGCAACGGCUCCUUCGGCGUCGUCUACCAAGCGAAGCUCUGCGACUCUGGGGAACUAGUGGCGAUAAAGAAGGUCCUACAAGACAAGAGAUUUAAGAAUCGCGAGCUGCAGAUCAUGAGGAAGCUGGACCACUGCAACAUAGUCCGCCUGCGCUACUUCUUCUACUCCAGCGGAGACAAGAAAGACGAGGUGUAUCUGAACCUGGUUUUGGACUACGUUCCCGAGACCGUCUACAGAGUGGCCAGACACUACAGCCGAGCCAAGCAGACGCUGCCCAUGGUCUAUGUUAAGUUGUACAUGUACCAGCUGUUCAGGAGCCUGGCUUACAUCCACUCGUUCGGGAUCUGCCACCGGGACAUCAAGCCCCAGAAUCUGCUGCUCGACCCAGAGACGGCUGUGCUCAAGCUCUGCGACUUUGGCAGUGCGAAGCAGCUGGUCCGCGGGGAGCCCAACGUGUCCUACAUCUGCUCUCGCUACUACCGGGCCCCGGAGCUCAUCUUCGGUGCCACUGACUACACCUCCAGCAUAGACGUGUGGUCAGCUGGUUGUGUCCUGGCAGAGCUGUUGUUAGGACAACCAAUCUUCCCUGGCGACAGUGGGGUGGAUCAGCUUGUGGAAAUUAUUAAGGUUCUUGGUACUCCAACCCGAGAACAGAUCCGUGAGAUGAACCCCAACUACACUGAGUUCAAAUUCCCCCAGAUCAAGGCCCACCCAUGGACUAAGGUGAGUCAGCAGGUCUUCCGGCCUCGUACGCCUCCGGAGGCCAUCGCCCUCUGCUCUCGCCUGCUGGAGUACACGCCCACGGCGCGCCUCACCCCUCUGGAGGCCUGCGCCCACUCCUUCUUUGACGAGCUGCGUGACCCCAACAUCAAGCUGCCCAACGGCAGAGAGAAGCCAUCGCUCUUCAACUUCACCACCCAGGAGCUAUCUAGUAAUCCCUCUCUGGCCUCCAUACUCAUCCCUGCCCACGCCCGCAGCCAGGCUGUGGCCUCCACACCAACCAACUCGUCUGCCACCACAGACGGCAGCAACACGGAGCGAGGUCCCAGCACCACCACCGCGUCCGCCUCGGCCUCUAACUCCACUUCCUGAGCCUGCAGACCUCACUUGCCCCCCCUGUCCCUUCCCCCCCCCCGCCCCGGUCUCAGCCCCGGCCAUACAGCCUCUCCAUUGCGCCCCCUGGCCAGGGGGUGAGCUGUGAUCAGCUCUGCUCCUGGCAGCGACGCCGAAGCGAGCCGGGGCUCAACAGCGACACAACAGCCCUGAGACAUGACCACACGAACCCAGCCCUCCAUCUCCUAAACCCCCCUCCCCAAUAAAAACCCUGACCCCCCCAGCUGUCUGAACUCUCCUCCUCCUCUCCGCGCUCUUUUCACAGGGAAACAUAGGGGGCAGAAGCGUUGACGACUACAAGUAUACUGUACAUGUAUACUCAAUGCUAGCCUCCUAAUAUUUCUAAGAGGACAAUCUGCGAAAAAAAAAACAAAAAAAAAAGUAUUUUGCCAUUCUUCCCCAACCCCCCCGCCUCCCGACUGUCCCUCCCCCCCUCUGUAAUGUACCCAACUUUGCAUCCUCCUCCUCCUCCGGUUCCUCCUGUAGUGCAUGACCCGAGUACAGUAGGAUCAACCGGGGAGGGGGGGGGGGGGGUGGCCGCCACGCCCUUUCACCUCCGCAGACCAGGCAUGAGGCUCACGCACGCGUAUUACACCCUCAGACACACUCACAUCCUCUCGCACACGUUGACGCAUGGUGACGGUGACGUCCGCCCGGGGGGGAAAAGCCCGGACGGAUCGGACGGUUCGUUUCCUUCGACCUGGGGUUGUUUUCAAUUCGUCGGCCUGUUCUCGUCGUUUUAAUUUUAUUUUUAUUUUGUCCUCGUGGGUAGUGUUUUGCCGGGGGGACUGGUGUGUGCGUGUGUGUGUGUGUGUGUGUGUGUGUGUGUGCGAUGGAUGUGACGUGUAUCUGCUCCUGUGUGCUUGUAUAAUAUAUACAUACAGUACAAACAAGCAUACACACAGUUUAUAUAUUACUUUUCUUUCUGUAUAAAAAGUAUAUAUAGAUAUAUGUAUAAUAACGACAAUGGUUCAGAAAUCAUUUAUGGCGAGCUCAUAUCUGGUAGAGUAGUGGCAAUAUUUGCUGCUGCCUAAAGACAGAUUUAGAAAAGUUGAUGUUUUAUUUGUUUGUUUGUUUUUUUUGUUUUUUGUUUUUUUGUUCCGUUCUUGCUGGAGUCCAGCAGCAGCUUCUCUCCUCUCCCACGUCGCGUGUAUUAAAGGCUGUAGGUGGACCUAGAGCACUCGCUUUAUUCCUUUUUGCCUUGGACUCUGUCCGUAACAGCGUGAAAGAAAGCGCAUCGUCUCGACGAACCCGUUCUCCUGUCCGCACCCGCCUCUCUCUCUCUCUCUUCCAGAUGAUCACAGGUUGUCGUUUUUUUCUUUCUGCGUUCGUUUUUCCGACGAGCGCAAGCGGCGCUCUUUAAAGUGUUAGCCACUCUCCAUCCUCGCAGCACAGUGCAUCGAGAGCUGCUCGGUACAAGACCGACUGUCUUUAGUUACCAAGAACACUCACUACAUUUAAAAAAAAAAAAAAGAAAAGGAAAAAAAAAAAUGAAUUUGUAUAUACAGUAUAAAUGCUCCUCACCAAAAUUCUGACUUGUACGUCUUGUAUCUUGUUUUUUAUGUUAUGAUUAUUAUUUUAUUUUUUUUCCCAUGUUGUGUUCAAGGUAUGUAUAUACGCUGACCCAUGUACUGUUUAUGAGCAAAAACAAAGAGUUGGUAAAGAGAAAAGAAAAGAAAAAAAAAAAAGAAUCGGGGCAGAAGUCAUAUUGUUUAUGGAUAUUGUUAGAUGAUGAUGAUCAGCUUUAUCCAGCCAUAUGUUCAAUCUUACCUGUACAGUACGGUAGAUAUCAGCUGUAUUAUUGUAACAAGAACUAGUCAUGUAUAGUGUAACUAUAGUUUGGAGUGCCUUUGCUUUCAUACACCUUCGCCUUGUCUCCUCCGUCACCCCCCCCCCCCCCGGCCCCCCCUCGAUGUCGUAACUCUCCCCUUGGUGCUGUUGAACGUCCCGCCACACGGCGCCUCCGCCUCCUCAUCGCUCCCGUUUUUUUUCAUUCAUCGCACACCUCAUGUAUUAUACAGACAUUAAUUGUAAAAUUCUCCCCCCCAGUUCUCCCUCAGCUGAAGAUACACUAUAGACAGGUGUUUAUUUUGAUAGAUGUUUUAUCACGGGCGCACACGUGGACUGGUGAGGCAGCAGGAGGCCUCGUAAUACUGUACAUAUAGACUACAGUAGAGAUUCAGUAUCGCUCACAGUGUUGGUUCUGUUACCAAAGCCGAACGUUAACGUAGUUGUGAUGAGCCAUCCUCAGAGGCAAUAACUCUCUUUUUUUUCUUGUUUUUUUUUUUUUUUUUGUCCCUCCCCUACGUCUGGAUAUUUCUGUUGACUGUUUCUCGUCUCUGGGCUGCAUAUCUUGAAAACGUGAAGAGGGAGGGUUGGGGUAUGGGAGGAAUUUAGUAGCACCAUGUGGGGGGGUGGUCGAGUCAUGUAGCCUCUCUCCCAAUCUCCUGCUUGCUGUAAUUUUGCAUUCAUAAACUUGUUGCUUCUCUCCACCAGAAGGUUUGACCACUUUACCCCAACCCUUACCACCCAGUUCAAUGAAAACAAAAACAGUUACCAAAAACAAAGCGAGUAUAUAUGCUAGCGUCAUACGUCGUACUAGCAUAUGUACUAGCCGUAUGCUAAAUGGGUUUAACUGGGGUUAAAGAGACAGAAAAAAAAGUAAAAAAAAAAAAACUACUACCAAUACAUCCUGUAUAACAGUACUACUACUUGAAUGCCUCUGUUUGUGACUGAAAAAUUUCGUUUAGAUUUUUCUUUUUGUUUGUUUUUGCUCCUUUUGUUUCUGUGAAGGUAUGCUAAAUGUGCGCCUCUGUAAAUAUUCCCCCCUGCGUGCUCCGAGGAAUAGUUCCCUGGUACUGUAAUUUGCAACAAAUAAAGAGUAGGAUAGCCUGGAAAUGAUCAA